GUAUUCCUCGACCAGUUCUGUUUGCCAGAUGAUGGGAGCACUCUUCACGUCGGAAGUGUUGGAGAGAUUCUCAGAGGAGCCAUGUCCAUCGGAGUCUUGGUGACUCUACUGAGUGGCGACCAGACGCGCAUAUCGGUGGCCGAGGAUGCUUUGGUAGACGUGCUUCGGCAAAAAGCGCAGAAGAAGCUGAAUGCCAGCAUUGGACCUCUGAUCACUGCUUCGGGCUCUUUGCUUGAGGGGCCUACUACGCUGAAGCAGGCGGGUCUUCGAGAUGGUGACGCAGUCACAGCCAUCCUACGAGACUUUCUGGCGUUUUCAGGGGCAGCGGGAGAUGCUUCUCUGGCAGCCACGACCGGGGCUUUCGCGUUGAUCCGGGGAGACGGCUCGGUCGUAGCAUGGGGACAUCCCGGCGCCGGUGGUGACUGCAGCGCAGUACAGGAGCAGCUGCGGAAGGUGAAGUGCAUCAAAGCCGCAGCCGCGGCUUUCGCUGCACUCCGCGAAGAUGGCUCGGUGGUCACGUGGGGUGGGCAUGGAGGCCACAGUGCCGAAGUUCAAGAGCAACUACACGACGUCUCAGAGAUCCAGGCCACCUUCGGCGCUUUUGCUGCCUUGCGCACAGAUGGCUCUGUUGUGGCCUGGGGCGACCCCGACGCUGGCGGUGAAAUACCCGAUGAGGUCCGGGCUCGCUUGCGCGAUGUCAAACAGAUUCAGGCGAAUGCACUGGCUUUCGUGGCGCUCCGCGGGGACGGAACCGUGGUCGCGUGGGGCCAUCCCUUGGAAGAUGCGGACACGGGCGCUCUUCCGGGUUUGCUUCAGGAUGUCCUCUGCGUCCAGGCAUGCCGGUUAGAUGCCGGGUUCGUUGCUGUGAAGGCCGACAGUGUGGUCGCCUGGGGGUUCGAGCACCCUAUGCUGAUGGGUGGCUUUGCUAAUCCUGGCGGCCGUCGUUUCCAUGAUUGUGGUUUGCAGAUUUCGCGCAACGCGUGGGCCGCUGUGAGCCAAUCAGGGCAUCUGAGCAUGGAGUUUGGAAGAUGGAAUUACCGAGCCAAUUUGGACCUCGUGGACGCAGCUAGGCUUCGCGAUGUCGAACACCUACAAUGUUGUGCUGAGGGCACUUUUGCGGCUAUCCGAGGAGAUGGAACGGUGGCGACUUUCGGUGACAAGCGGAACCAACCAGCGGUCUCCGUCCAGGAGGAGUUGAAGAACGUCGCGCAAAUUCAAAGCAACCGCAGCGCCUUCGCUGCAAUCCGCCGCGAUGGGUCGGUUGUCACAUGGGGUCCAAAAAGCUCUGGAGGGAACAGCGAGCAUGUCCAACACCUUCUCAUCAACGUUAAGGCAAUACAGGCUUCGGAGCGUGCAUUUGCCGCCAUUCGAGAUGACGGGUCGGUCGUUACAUGGGGCCCAAAGCGGACAGGAGGAGACUCCAGUGCUGUGCAAGCCCAGCUCAAGGACGUCAAGCGCAUACAAUCCACGGACACUGCUUUUGCUGCCAUCCGCACUGACGGAUCGGUUGUGACGUGGGGGGAUGUGACUGCCGGAGGGUACAGCCGACAUGUGUCCAUGCAGCUCGGGAGAUCUGCAGAAGAAGAUGAGGAAUCGGAUCGCCUGGCAAUACUUGCGAUGGCGCAAACCUCGGCGACGACGGCCACCGAAAGGCAGAAACUCGCAAAGUCGAAAGCCAAGCCCGAGACCAAGGCCGCGAGGAGACCGAAGCCCAAAGCAAAGUCUAAGCCAAAGCCCAAGGCUAAAGCCAAGGCCAAGGCUAAGGCAGGGUGCUUGAAGAAGCCGAGUCGACGAUAG